CCACUCUUUGCAGGACGUCACCGCGGACUGCAGGGGCCUGAGCCGCCUCCGCUGCCGCGCAGCCCCACAUCAGCUCACGGGGCACCCAGUCGCCGCCGCUACCAAAAAAGUCGCCACCGCUAGGGUUGCCACCGCAUUGGUGCAGGGCAAGAUGGCAUCAGCCACAGACUCGCGCUACGGGCAGAAGGAGUCCUCGGACCAAAACUUCGACUACAUGUUCAAGAUCCUUAUCAUCGGCAACAGCAGCGUGGGCAAGACGUCCUUCCUGUUCCGCUAUGCCGACGACUCCUUCACGCCUGCCUUUGUCAGCACUGUGGGCAUCGACUUCAAGGUCAAGACCAUCUACCGCAACGACAAGAGGAUCAAGCUGCAGAUCUGGGACACGGCAGGGCAGGAGCGGUAUCGGACCAUCACCACAGCCUACUACAGGGGCGCCAUGGGUUUUAUUCUCAUGUACGACAUCACCAAUGAAGAGUCCUUUAAUGCCGUGCAGGACUGGUCAACCCAGAUCAAGACCUAUUCGUGGGACAACGCACAGGUGCUGCUGGUUGGGAACAAGUGUGACAUGGAGGAUGAGCGAGUGGUGUCAUCAGAGCGUGGCCGGCAACUGGCCGACCACCUCGGGUUUGAGUUCUUUGAGGCAAGCGCCAAGGACAACAUCAACGUCAAGCAGACCUUUGAGCGCCUGGUGGACGUCAUCUGUGAGAAGAUGUCUGAGUCGCUGGACACGGCUGACCCUGCAGUCACAGGCGCCAAGCAGGGCCCACAGCUCACGGACCAGCAGGCGCCCCCGCACCAGGACUGCGCCUGCUGAGAGCUGCCCGGCCCCUCUCCCUGGCCCUGCCCCAUCCCCCUGGGCCUGACCCGGCCCCCACAGGCUGUGGGCGUGAGACCCUGCCCCUGCCCCCCCUUAUUUAUUAUCCUAGCUAUUUAUUUAUUUAUUGGAGAUGUCCCCAGGGCUCAGGCUCGUUCGUCUCCCAUACAGCCCCACCCACCGUGCCCAGCAGGCCCACCCUGUACCUACACCCUGCCCUGCCUGUCCCCUCUCCGCUCUGCCGUGUCUUGGCCCCAUGAAUGCACCACCUGCUCUCCUCUCUAGACCUCACUUUUUUAAAAAUUCAUCUCCAUUAACAGUUGUCAAUCGUGACAGGGGCCUGAUGACACCCCAGGGCAGGCUGAUUGGUAGUGGGGGUGACAGGGCCUCGCCAGCCCCGAGUUGGACACGGUAGACAACCACCAUGAGGUCUCAGGGUGGACCACGGGGGUCAGAGCCCAGCAACCCUCCUCCACCUCCUCUCCCCUGAGGGGGCUGCUGUGGGUGUCUGCCACCCUGGGACCCCCCCCCACCAGACCUGUUCUGAUGUCACGAGUGUCAAAAAUGCCCCCUAGACCCCCCAAAAGAUGUCACAAGAGCCACCACACACAAUCCAAUAAAGCAGAAUGGACAAGGCA